UCUCUCUCUCUCCUGCUCGUCGCUUCACUGCCAGUGGCCCGUCCUCUCCGUCACUAUCCUAAUUAGAAGCUGAAAUGAACCUAUCCUUAGCUUUGAAAAUUUAAACCAUGGCGAAAGCUCUAAUUUCAUCUUCUCCGUUUCUUGGUACUUCUCUCCCUUCUCUUUUAGGCCAUGGCUUUCGCAGGCUCCCCCACCGGAGAUUAAACGGUACCAGGGUGAAAUUCAGCUUCCAUGAGGUUCCUUCUCUUCACCAAUUAGACUCUUCGAUCGAUUUUCAUGGAAUUUUAAGCCGAACUGAAAGUUUGUUGUACAUGCUUGCUGAUGCCGCUGUUGCGGCGGAUUCGUCUAGUGCUGCCGUUGUAUCGAGUGAUGCCGCGGUUCAGAAGAACGGUGGUUGGUUUGGAUUCAUCUCAGACGUGAUGGAAUUUGUUUUGAAGGUGCUGAAAGAUGGACUUGCAGCUGUACAUGUUCCCUACACUUAUGGGUUUGCAAUUAUCUUGCUCACUGUUCUUGUUAAAGUGGCUACACUUCCUUUGACAAAGAAACAGGUUGAAUCAACUCUGGCAAUGCAAAAUCUUCAGCCAAAGAUCAAAGCAAUUCAAAAAAGAUAUGCAGGGAAUCAGGAAAGAAUACAACUUGAGACUUCACGCCUCUAUACGAAAGCUGGGGUUAACCCAUUGGCAGGGUGUUUGCCAACUUUAGCUACAAUACCAGUUUGGAUUGGUUUAUACCAAGCUCUUUCAAAUGUAGCAAAUGAGGGAUUGCUGACGGAAGGUUUCUUUUGGAUUCCAUCUUUGGGAGGCCCCACCACAAUUGCUGCUCGACAAAAUGGUUCUGGCAUUUCCUGGCUUAUUCCAUUUGUGGAUGGACAUCCACCGUUGGGCUGGCAUGAUACUGUAGCGUACCUUGUUCUACCUGUCCUUCUUGUUGUUUCUCAAUAUGUUUCGAUGGAACUAAUGAAGCCACCCCAGACUGAUGAUCCAUCUCAAAAGAACACGCUUCUCAUUUUGAAGUUCCUUCCUCUCAUGAUUGGUUACUUUUCCUUGUCUGUCCCAUCGGGAUUGUCAAUCUACUGGUUUACAAACAAUGUCCUCAGUACAGCACAACAAGUUUGGUUACGGAACUUAGGUGGUGCAAAACCAGUUGUGAGUGAUAAUGCAAGUGACAUCAUUACUGCAGGUCGUGCAAAACGUGUGACUUCUCUGCUAGCAGGGACUGGUUAUAGAUUCAGGCAACUCAAAGAAGAAGAGAGGAAGAAAAAACUAAACAAAGCUCUUCCGGCAGAAGAAGUUCAGACUCUCGCUUCUACAUCGGAUUCUGGGGACGAGUCUGAUGAAGAGAUUAAGGAUAAGGAUGAGGAAGUCCUUGAAGGGGCAUAUGCUUCUAGUGGUAGCAAACAGAUUCCAGAUUAUUCUGGGCCAAGGAGAGGCAAGCGAUCAAAGCGGAAACGCACGGUGUAAACAUAUUAUAUAUAUUCAUUCAUUGCCUGUAGUUUGUGGUGAGAAAUGUAUCUUAGUUAAUAUAGAUAUAAUGGCCAUUUUUAUGUUGGCUUAUUCAUUUUAUUGCAAAUGAUGAAAAUCAAGUAUCGGUCUAAAGGAAAA